AUGCUUUCAGCCACAGCCGGGCCGCAGCCGUGCUUUUUCGGCCGCAGCAACGUCGCCAGAGCUUUGGUAUCGAUGAGCGGCCGUCGGAAGGGUCUGUUGACGUUGACUGCUGUGCUUUGUAUCAACUGGCUGCCCGACCAAACCGCUUCCUGGUCAGCUGCUUUAGCGCCGGGCUGGUGGCGGCGAGGUAGGCCAAGGAAGCUGCACGGCAGAAGGGCGGAGGUGGAGUUGUUGUCCCAGGUGGCAAGGGUUUUAAUGCCGGACGAGCCAAUCGGAGAGCUGUUUCGACGCUUUCCAUCGCCUGCAGGGUGGAAGGGAAACUACUUGGAUCCGGAUUUGGCGGCGUAUGGGGUGUUGAAGUCGCCGGAUGCUGCGCUGUUUGUGGAGUACGACGGCUUCUGGCGGCAUGGGCAGGCAGAGGGCAGGCAGAGGGAUGCAAGGAAGACGGCGGCGUUGUUGGCUUUCGCGCCAGUAGGGUCCAAGGUGCUGCGGAUCGGGCAUCUUCCCGCAGCAGAGGAACCGAUGGGGGCCGUGCAUAUUCGCAUGAAGCCCUGGCGCCAGGGGGACGUCAAAUCGUUUGAGAACGUAUUGUCCGUGCUGACACGGCGUAUGGGGCGCCAGUUGGGGAAGGACUUGCGGUCAGAUGUUCGAAAACGGCUGCAAGACUUUGAGCAGCGAACUUGUGCGGUUGCAAUCACUUAUGCCACUUCAGCGUAUGUCUGCGGCACAGCUCGCAACCUGACUGACGUGUUGUUGCCCUUGGCAGAAAUUGGGAUGGACAAGGCAGGAAUCGCGGCAGUGGGUUCCCGCUGUCGGCCAGUCAGUGAAGCAUCAGUCCGGCAGACAGUCAUGUCGUUGGAAGUUGUAGGCUUGAGCAAAGCGCAAAUCACAAAAGCAGUGGCUUCUCGUCCGUCAUUGCUGGGUUACAGCAUCGAGGACAACCUGAAACCGACAAUGCGCUGGCUUCAGUGGCUUCUUUUCCGUCAUUGCUGGGUUACAGCAUCGAGGACAACCUGA